GUCAAAAGUAUCGGCGUGACCUUUACAAAGAAAUUGGUACAGCGAUGACAUAGCUCAGUUGCUACUAUAACAAUAAAAGUAUUAUUCAUCGACAACUCCCUUGUUGCUGGCCUGAUCUUUUAUUUGAUUGUCCCCUGGAAGGGUUGAGUCAAAGGACAUGACUGGGCAAGCUUGAGCGAUUUCUUGGAAGGAUGUCUAAUGCAGCUGCCCAGCUGGCAGCACGAAGUGAACAGCUGGAGGCCGACCUCUUGAAGACUGAAAAGAUGGUCUACUCGAUGGAGACAGAGUAUCUCUCGGCGGAAUACACCCAGUGCGGCACUGUCCUGAAGGGCUUUGACGGAUUCCUCUCGUCCAAGGAUGCCCUGAGGAAAAGGGCGCGGGCAUUCAAGCCAGAGGACCGCGCAUUCAGCCUCUCCUCAAAGACCUCCGCUGCAACGCAGGAGCUGGCAGAGUUUGCAUUGGACCAGCUGGAGGCGAUGGGGGCGCCAGGACUGGGCAAGGGCAAGACAGUCCAGGCCAUGGGCACCGCGCAGAAAGGCCGGCGCCAGGCUGGCUGAGCCGUGCCUGAUGGGGAGCUCUCAGGUUCGAUGUGAUAACAUGUAGAUCAGACAAGGCACAAGGCGGGGAGAGUGGGUCCGAGUCUUGGCUGCUGUAAGGGCGCGCCACAGCAUGGGCAUGUCAUGCCCUGUAUCUUUUUCAGAAGUCAGAAAUUUAGUGUGGGAUCUGCAAGCUUCUGCGUGACGCUUGUUGAC